AAAAAGAGAACAACACAUACAUUUCUCUCUCUACAUCAAUAAUAACGUACAAAGAAAAAAAUGUAUAUUUCUUUUGACAUCUGAUAUCCGAUGACGAAGACAAUGCGCUCUUGCGCAAGUCUGAAAAUUCACUGUUCAAUAUUGCCAAUCGAUAUGUAGGAAUCGGGAGAAACUUGCUAUUUGAUGCGCAAAGUAGUCAAAAUCAAGCGUCCCGAGUAUGCGAAAUGACCAAUCCUGUUUAAAUAUUCUCAAAAAUGAUUGGUUAGAUUGAAAAUAUAGAGAGAUCAACGUUGUGUUGUUAAUAAAAAUUUUACAAAGUUUUUUGCGCCGGGCAUAUUUUAAUAAUAAGCAUGUCUUUAGAUAACAAAAACAAUUUUAAGCCGAUACAUUGACCAAAGAAUAUCAUUAACAGUUGCAUUUGACAUAAUAUUUUUGUUUCGUUGAUGUAAACAUUUCUGAGAGAUGAAGGACAGAACGUCCGGGAAGUUACUUCACUCACGCGUUUUGACUUACCACGUGUUUGCUGUUAACUAGCGAUUUUAUACAAAUUGACAAAGAAUUAAACGAUAAUUAAACAAUAAUGUUUCAUGUUCUCUCGCAUUUCAUCGAUAUGCGGAUCAAUAAUCGGAUGGACUUGUAUGAAGAUGAAUUAUAUCAGGUCAAAGAUGAAGAAGAAAAUCUGGAUAUAAGCAAGGAAUUUCUCGAUGCUUUAACAAGUGUGAUAAAUUUACGUGAUGCAUUCAAAGUUGUAAAAAGGAAGAAUAAGACAUCCAAGUCUGUGAUAAAGAAACUGGACAAAUUGUAUAAACGUGUGAUUGCUUCGACAGACACAAAAUUCGAUGACGUUCUAGCUCUGGCGGUGGCGUGUCUUCAUGCGGGUAUAAUAUACAUUGACAAGGAAGAAAUGUUCGUUGGUAAUGAUUACUUUUCAAAAUGUUUGAAGUUGUUGAAAGUAAAUAACUGCACGCGCAAAACUGUUUUAACAAUUAUGACAGCGUUGAGCGAGCUAAAACUAAUUAGACAUCGUCAGUAUGGACUGGAGGCGUGUUAUGAUUUAAUGAUGUUAUCAAUGGAAGUAUAUCUGAAGUACACGCAGGAUAAGUCCAACUAUCCGCAACCUAUAGACGUGUCAAUUCAUCUUGGUAUCAACAAUAAUUACAACGACGAUCCUGCAAUAUUGGAACAUUUGUAUUUGCUAACUUUAAACUCUCUAGUAAACUUGUUCAUGUAUAAUCCAGUAAAUAUGCAUAAACUGGUAGAGUACACGCAUAACGUGUUGGUUCAGCAAUUACUCGAUAUACCACUUGAUUUUGAUACCGCUAUACAUAAUACAGAACGUUACAACGAUUGGAUCUUAACUUUGGUCGAUUUAUGUCGAUAUUUCAUAUAUCACAAACGCUUCGUUGAAGCCAGAGAUCACCUUAUUGUUGCACAACAAAUAAUAAACUGUUUUCACGUGAACGAAGUAACGGCAUCGCACUUAGAAGAGCUAUCAGUGUCUGAACGAAAAUGGAUAAAUGAUAUGUAUAAAUUUAUGAAGGCUCACGUCGCUACGUCAUGGGGUUUCUAUGCGGUUGAGUUUUUGCGUACAGCAAGAGAAAACGUAAUGAAGAAUGGGAGAUAUGACACCUCGGAACCUCAAAAUACAGAUGAUUCAAGAACGUUGUUAUUGUUUACUAACUUAGAAAACUUAUCUGAGUUUUCCAAAUGUGAUACAGUCACACGUAUACCUAAAUUUAUAUCAAAUUUUGAUGAUGCUAAACUUGUUUUUUCCGAAAGUAGGACGUAUUACGAGAAAGCACAACAGUUUUUCACUGAGAAACGCAGUAUCGAAAUUCAUUUGCAGUUAUUAAUAGAUAAGUCGAAAGCGUAUAAGUAUAUAAUUCCUUUAGAGAAACAAAAAUGUAAUAAAAAAUCGAUUCUGCGAGAGACUUUACGUGAUUUAUUACCUUUCGGUUUGUCUUUAUGUAAGAAAUCAGAUCCGAAACUGCAAAGCCAACGAAAAACGAUAGUGCGGGAAAUACUACUUGCGUAUUGCACUGUCUUGGAUAUAAAGACCGAUGACUUGAGUUAUUAUUGUUGUAACAAAAACUUAUCUAAAAAAUUCAACUUCGUAAAUGACGUUGUAGAAACGUUCACUCCUUUCAGAAAGCAGGGAAAAUUGAUCUAAUUAAUCUUUAUCUCAUUUCAGACUUCCCGCAAAAUUAUGUCCGUAAUUUAUAUCUCUGAUUUAUGUCUGAUCGUAAUUUUAUAUCGCUUUUUUCGUUAUUAUGAUUAAAUAACGAAAAAUACUAUUUAUAUUAUAUUACGAAAUAUUAUUUUUAUGCGUUUAUGCACCUUGUACGGGAAGUGUAUUACAGAUGUGAUUUCGUUACAGUCGAAGGUUCUACUCGUAGCCGGUUUUAAUUCAAAGACAAACGACUUAUUAGUUAGGCGAUAGAUAUGAUCUUGUUACCCUUCAUGUGACGGAGAUUAAGCACAAAAAUAAUAUAUCUAAAUAUAAUAUAUAUACAAUAUGUAUCAAUGUAACAAUAUAACAAACUUG